UUUCAGCGACGGCAUUGUUACUUCUCUGUCCAAACUUUAUAAUCCUAAAUCGAAACGGAGAUAAUCACUAUAAAAGGAUAGAGGGAAUUCAAAAGAAAACUAAAAAUUAAAUAAAACUUUCGCCAUGGCUGACAAUCUGUUUGCUGCCAUUGACAUGGGCACGAAUGCCUUCAAACUUCUGAUAGUUGAAGCUCAUUCCCCAGGCAAAUUCGUCCCAAUUUUAACCGUCAAAGAACCCUUCGUUUUAGGCCGUGACUCGCCUUCUUCCACAAUCUCCACCCAUUCCCAACACCUCUCUCUCAAAUCACUUAAAAAAUUCAACAAACUCAUUCAAACCCGCCAUGUCCCAUCUCUCCACACUCGCUGCGUAGCCACAUCGGCUGUCCGUGAAGCCCGAAACAAGGCCCGGUUCAUCGAAUCGGUCGCUGAAUCCACCGGGUUCAAUGUUGAAGUUUUAUCAGGUGAACAGGAAGCUCGGUUUUCUUACCUGGCUGCCCUACAGUAUCUGCAUGUUUUCGAUCAUUUGGUUUUGAACGUUGAUAUCGGAGGUGGGUCAACUGAGUUUGCUAUUGGAUCACGUGGAAAGGUUGACUUUUGUAUGUCUUUGACGCUUGGUCACGUAACUUUGUCUCAACAGAAUUUCGGGGAUAAAGACGCUGGCAGAGUUUCGAAUAUGAGGGACUAUGAAAGGAACGUAGUCAAGGAAUCAGGGUUAGUGGAGAAAGUUAAAAACUUUGGCUUUGAAGUAGCUGUGGGUUCAUCAGGGACAAUAAGAGCCAUUGAAAAAGCAAUUUUCAGAGUAUAUGAAUUGGAUUUUUUUUAUAAUAAUGAGGCUUUGUUUAGGGAAUGCAAAAUGGAUAGGAGGUUUAGCAGAGAGGAAUUGAAGAGUGUUGUUGAGAGGUUAUGCAGGGGAGGAAAAGAGCUGAAAGCAUGGAGAGAUGGGAUUUUCGAGAGAAGGUCAGAGUCCUUAAUUGUUGCUGGUGGGAUUUUGUUGGAGGAGAUAUUUGAUUUGCUUGGGAUUGAAGAGAUGCUGGUUUCUGGUUAUGGAUUGAGAGAAGGUGUGAUUGCUGACACUUUGGCUAAGGUGUUUGAUGAUGGUUAUGAUUUCAGUGCUAAUGCUCGGUUUCAGUCCUUUUUGCGGCUUGCUACAAGGUUUCAUGCCGAAGACAAGGCUGCUUCUGCUGCUGAAAGUGCUAGUAUUGCCAGGCUGAUUUCGCGUCUCUUUGUUUUAGACAUUUAA